AUGAAACGCGACCUCGAGCAAUUUUUCUCCUCUUCUCGCGAUUCCAGCAUGAUUAGAGUAUAUUGGACAGUUAACACAACAAACAAGAACUCCAAGUAUUUUCGCAAUCCAGAAAAAUUUGAUCCAUCAAGGUACGAAGGUGAAGAAGCACCAGCUCCAUACACGUACCCUCCAUUUGGAGGUGGACCUAGACUUUGCCCUGGAAAAGAGUAUGCUCGUUUAGUAGUGCUAACUUUCAUCCACAAUGUGGUGAAGAAGUAUAAAUGGGAGGUACUUUUUCCGAAGGAGAAGGUUUUAGGUGAUAUGGUGCCAAUGCUAGAAAAAGGAGUUCCAAUUCGCCUCCACCCCCAUUAA